ACAAUUAAUAAUAAAAAGAAAAAAAUAGUUAAUUAGCCUCUGAAAUUACUAGUAAAAGAAGAAAAAAAAGAAUGAACAUGUCUUGUAAGAAGAUGGUUAGUUGUGUAAUAAUAGGGAUGAUGGUGUUGGGAUUAGUGGCCAGCCAUGCAAAUGCAAUAACAUGUACAGAAGCCAUAUCAACCCUAAUGCCAUGCAAGGAUUACCUUAUCGGCAAAUCCAACUUUGUUUCUGUCCCAUGCUGUACCGGCGCAAGCGCACUCAACGGCAAAGUGAAAACUAAGCCGGAGCUUAAAAGCAUGUGCGAGUGCCUCAAGCAGGCUGCGGCCGCAUUGCAUGUUAUUCCCGAAAGAGCUAAGAGUCUUCCGGGCAUUUGUAAAAUCACUACUCCUGUGCCUAUUGACCCUAACGCCGACUGUAACAAGUAAUUUAUAAUUUAUAUGUCAAUUAUUACCACUAAUUAAUCUCAGCUAUUAAUUCGCUU